CCGGCAGCCGGGAGCUGGGGGCUCGGGCGCCCUCCGGCCCGCGUCCGCGCGCGGCCACAUGGCUCGGCUCCGCGCGCUGCUGUCCUGCCUGCUGCCCCUGCACUGUGCGCUCUGCGCCGCCGCGGGCAGCCGGACCCCAGAACUGCGUCUCUCUGGAAAGCUCCGUGACUAUGGUGUGACAGUGCCAUGCAGCACGGAUUUUCGGGGACGCUUCCUCUCCCAUGUGCUGUCUGGGCCAGCAGCAGCCUCUGCAGGGAGUGCAGGAGCCGAGGGGGUGCCCCCACCACAGUCACACUCAGGUCGCCUCCGGGCGGCCCGCAGCCUCCUGCGCCAAGAAGGAGCCACCCUGCAGCCUGGCCGGGUGGGGCGCCCCUCCCUCUACUUCAAUGUCACGGUUUUUGGGGAGGAACUACAUUUGCGCCUGCGGCCCAACCGAAGGCUGGUGGUGCCCGGAGCCUCGGUGGAGUGGCAGGAGGAUUUUCGGGAGCUGUUCCGACAGCCCCUGCGGCGGGAGUGUGUCUACACCGGGGACGUCACGGGCAUGCCAGGGGCAGCUGUCGCCAUCAGCAACUGCGACGGAUUGGCGGGCCUCAUCCGCACGGACAGCAGCGACUACUUCAUAGAGCCCCUGGAGUGGGGGCAGCAGAAGCAGGAGGCCCGCGGGAGGACACACGUGCUGUACCGGCGGGAGGCCGUCCGGCAGGAGGGGGCCCAGCCUGGCGGGGACCUUCACAAUGAAGCCUUCGGCCUGGGCGACCUCCCCAACCUGCUGGGCCUGGUGGGGGAGCAGCUGGGCGAUGGGGAGCGGAAGCGGCGGCACGUGAAGGCGGGCAGCUACAGCAUCGAGGUGCUGCUGGUGGUGGACGACUCGGUGGUGCGCUUCCACGGCAAGGAGCACGUGCAGAACUACGUCCUCACCCUCAUGAACAUCGUGGAUGAGAUUUACCAUGAUGAGUCCCUGGGGGCCCACAUAAACAUCGCGCUGGUCCGCUUGAUCAUGGUCGGCUACCGACAGUCUCUGAGCCUGAUCGAGCGUGGGAACCCCUCUCGCAGCCUGGAGCAGGUGUGUCGCUGGGCGUACUCUCAGCAGCGCCAGGAUCCCAGCCACGCAGAGCACCAUGACCACGUGGUCUUCCUCACCCGGCAGGACUUCGGGCCCUCAGGGUAUGCACCUGUCACUGGCAUGUGCCAUCCCCUGAGAAGCUGUACCCUCAACCACGAGGACGGCUUCUCCUCAGCCUUUGUGGUGGCCCACGAGACUGGCCAUGUGCUCGGCAUGGAGCAUGAUGGUCAGGGGAACGGCUGUGCGGACGAGACCAGCCUGGGCAGCGUCAUGGCGCCCCUGGUGCAGGCUGCCUUCCACCGUUUCCACUGGUCGCGCUGCAGCAAAGUGGAGCUCAGCCGCUACCUCCCCUCCUACGACUGCCUCCUCGAUGACCCCUUUGCGCCCGCCUGGCCCCGGCCCCCGGAGCUGCCGGGCAUUGACUACUCAAUGGACGAGCAAUGCCGCUUUGACUUCGGCUCCGGAUACCACACCUGCUCUGCGUUCCAGACCUUUGAACCCUGUAAGCAGCUGUGGUGCAGCCACCCCGACAACCCGUACUUCUGCAAGACCAAGAAGGGGCCCCCCCUGGACGGGACCGAGUGUGCACCUGGCCAGUGGUGCUUCAAAGGUCACUGCAUCUGGAAGUCGUUGGAGCAGACUUACGGCCAGGAUGGAGGCUGGAGCUCCUGGACCAAGUUCGGGUCAUGUUCACGGUCAUGUGGGGGCGGGGUUCGAUCCCGCAGCCGGAGCUGUGACAAUCCCCCCCCAGCCUACGGAGGCCGCCUGUGUUCAGGGCCCGAGUUCCAGUACCAGAUAUGCAACAGCGAGGAGUGCCCGGGGCCCUAUGAGGACUUCCGGGCCCAGCAGUGUGCCAAGCGCAACUCCUACUACAUCCACCGGAAUGCCAAGCACAGCUGGCUCCCCUACGAGCCUGAAGACGAUGCCCAGAAGUGUGAGCUGAUCUGCCAGUCGGAGGACACAGGGGACGUGGUCUUCAUGAACCAGGUGGUCCACGACGGGACACGCUGCAGCUACCGGGACCCAUACAGUGUCUGUGCCCGCGGCGAGUGUGUGCCUGUUGGCUGUGACAAGGAGGUGGGAUCCAUGAAGGCAGAUGACAAGUGCGGGGUCUGUGGCGGCGACAACUCUCACUGCAGGACUGUGAAGGGGACACUGGGCAAGGCCUCCAAGCAGGCAGGAACUCUCAAACUGGUACAGAUCCCAGCGGGUGCCAGGCACAUCCAGAUUGAGGAGCUGGAGAAGGUCCCCCACUGCAUUGCGGUGAAGAACCAGGUCACAGGCAGCUUCAUCCUCAACCCCAAGGGCAAGGAAGCAAUGAGCCGGACCUUUACUGCAAUGGGCCUGGAGUGGGAAUACGCGGUGGAGGACGCCAAGGAAAGCCUCAAGACCAGUGGGCCCCUGCCUGAAGCCAUUGCUGUCCUGGUGCUCCCCCCAGCAGAGGGUGGCCCCCGCAGCAGCCUGGCCUACAAGUACAUCAUUCAUGAGGACCUGCUGCCCCUUAUCGGGAGCAACAAUGUGCUCCUGGAGGAGACAGACACCUACGAGUGGGCACUCAAGAGCUGGGCCCCCUGCACCAAGGCCUGCGGAGGAGGGAUUCAGUUUACCAAAUAUGGCUGCCGGCGCCGGCGCGACCACCACAUGGUCCAGCGGCACCUGUGUGACCACAGCAAGAGACCCAAGCCCAUCCGCCGGCGCUGCAACCAGCACCCAUGUGCCCAGCCCGCGUGGGUGAUGGAGGAGUGGGGUGCCUGCAGCCGGAGCUGCGGGAAGCUGGGGGUGCAGACCAGGGGGGUACAGUGCCUGCUGCCCCUCUCCAACGGUACCCACAAGGCCAUGCCGGCCAAGGCCUGCCCUGGGGACCGGCCUGAGGCCCGGCGGCCCUGCCUCCGCGUGCCCUGUCCAGCCCAGUGGCGCAUGGGAGCCUGGUCCCAGUGCUCUGCCACCUGCGGAGAGGGCAUCCAGCAGCGGCAGGUGGUGUGCCGGACCAAUGCCAACAGCCUCGGGCAGUGCGAGGGGGACAAACCAGACACUGUUCAGGUCUGCAGUCUGCCCGCCUGUGCAGGAAAUCUCCAGAACUCUACAGUGAGCACUGACAUUCAGGAACCUGUGACCCCAGAAGGACAGUGGGUGCCACAGUCUGGGCCCCUACAUCCCAUUAACAAGAUAUCAUCAAGUAAGUAGCUGUGCAUGGGGGACCGCUCCGUCUUCUGCCGAAUGGAGGUGCUCGAUCGCUACUGUUCCCUCCCCGGCUACCACCGGUUGUGCUGUGAGUCCUGUACCAAGAAGGCCCUGGGCCCCACCACCAGCCCGGCCCCGGCCUCACCACCACCCUUCUCCGCCCCCGGGAGCGCUCUGCCAGGACCGGAGGCCCCUCCAGAUGCUGUGGAGCCCACUGUGGGGCCGACAGGAUCAGAUGACCAUCAGCGUGGCCGGUCCACACAGCUCCCGAGCCCUCUGGGCACCAGCUCCCCGGUGACCCAGCACCGCUCUCCUCCCCAGAGUCUGAGCCCUCGAGCAUCCUGGGGUGCUUCCCCCAGCGCCCCCCGGGGACUGCCUUGGGGCUGGACCCGGGCACCUGUGCCCGUCUCCGAGGAUAAAGGGCAGCUCAGGGAAGACCUGAAGCCCCCAGGCACCGGCCUCCCCAGCGCCUCCCUGGUGACAUGAGCCCCACUGUGCCUGUCCCGCCAGUCAAGUUUACACUGCGUGCCACCUCGGAGACCGCCAGCUCGGAGGACACAUGGCGGGUCAGGGCAAACACUGACUUCCUUUUAAAUUAUUUGCCUUCUUGUUGUUCUGGUUUGGGGCUGUGGCACUUCACCCCGUGAGGUGGGUGUGCGAGGAAGAAAAAGAUCAGGGAAAGCCCCUAACCGGAGAUACCUCAGCCGGGAGCCGGGGCGACACAGCCGAGCCUCUCAGGGGCUCCUGUCUGUCUCCUGGCAGGACUGAGGGCCAGCUAGCCCCUCCUCCUCACGGCCACACGGUGGGGCCCCCCCACCCUGGAUCCUUCUGGCCGCCUGCCUUUGCCAGAACGUGUGGGGACCACUGUGGAGGCCCUGUCUGUUCGGCCCCUCUGCCUCGAGAGGCGAAGCGGGACAGGGAAGGUGAGGAGCACUCUCAGGGCAGGCCACGAGGAAGGGGGCGUGCGGUGCGUGUGGUCACAAGUCUCUGGCUGCAGGGCUCCGGGGCAGUGCCGGGGGCGGGGGGCGCAAGUUCAUCUCAGGCCCGGCUCUUCCUAGCAAGAGCACCACACGGUUCCUCUAGCCAAGGCCAAGAGGCAGAAUCCAGCUCGCCUUUGCCGGUUGGAAGGCAGUGUUGGUGGCCACCUCUGCCCUUGCCGAUGGCAUUUCCUGUUGCUUCUGGUGCUUCCCAACUUCCCCCAGCCCACCCCAGAGAAGGGGGCUCCGGACACUCUGGAAUGUGUGUCCUCCCCAUCCAGGGGCUUCACAACGGUGCUAGGCCACUGGCUGAAGCAGGAAUGUCAGCUUUGGCCAUCGCUCUAGGGCAUGAAGGGAGGCUGACCUGGAAGGUCACUUUGGAGGACACAGAAACGGAGUUCUCAGGUUGUGCCCCGUCAACCCUUGUUCUCCGCCAAAGACCGCUCCUGCUGGAGUCAGGGGUCUUCUCCCGCCUGGCUCGGGCUGGGCCGGAGGUUUGUGGUGCUAGGGCAAGGCCAUGUGGCCCAGUACCCCGGGGCAGGAUGUGAGCCUUUGCCCCAUGCUGGGGUGGGGAGGAGAUGUGACCCACAGUACUGUGGGGCCUCAGAUGCCCUCCAUGUUACCUCCGAAGGCAGGUAACUUCUCUAGACCCUCUGACUCUCAGGAAGCUGCCUGGGUUCCCAGGAAUUCUCCCAAGGGUCCUUACUCUUAGUCGUGCAGAGGGUCUUCUGGACUCGGCAGCAGGUGCUGGAGGGGCUUGCCAGUCUUCCUUCCCUGAGGGGGCUGGGGAGGGCUGUUCUGAGCCAGGCUAGAGGACUAGGAGCAGUGGGUCCCUGUCUGCAACCUCUGGAGAAGAGAGGCCUUGGAGGGGGCUCCCCACAUAUCCUCUCCACCCGCUGCCACCCCCUCCCUGGGAUGCCGGGGCACACACUGAACCAUUCCUGUGAGACGCAGCCUGCCUGUGUUAGGGAUAUACAUUCUUGUGCCUCUGAGAUCCACGUCUUUACAUUUUUAUGUAUUUAUUAACAUUGUCCUUGGUGUUUUGUUUUGGACC